UGAAUUAAUUUUAAUCAUCGAUUAUUUUUCCACUUUUACUGUUGAAAUCAAUUUAAUUAUACAUUCGCUUGAUUGUCACCAUAAUCAAGUUAACAAUCAAUUAGCCGAAUUAUCAUCAUUUGUGCAAUUAAGUUCCAAUCUCGUUCUGUUAACCACUUUUACUUUUUUGUUUCUCUCUUUCUCUUUAUUAUUGUUUCUAUUUUCGGUUUGUUUACCUGUUGAUGGGCCGAUUAUUUCGAGUUUUUUAUUAUUCUUGUUAUUGUUUCUAAAUGAACAUUUAAUCAAUUCAAUCAUUAUCUUGAUCACCAUCAUGCCCAAUUCCCAAAAAGAGAGAAAUGAAUCUCCAAUUUGUUGUAUAUUUUUCUGUGAAUUUGAUCAUGUCUAUGGGCCUAAGUUAACAUAUCAGGUACCUGAAGAUAUUGUUUCCGAGGAUAAAUUCAAUGCUCUAAAUGUUUACCUCAUACCUAAAAAAGAGCUUGAAGGAAGAUUAAUAACAGUAAAUUCAAAUGAUCUCAAAGUCAUCGGAUUCCCUGUUGGCUUAGAUGGGCCACAAUUUCCAAGGAAUAGAUUAAUUUUCAAUCUUUGUUUUGUUUGUGCUUCUGCCAUGAGGACAGUUCAAUAUGAGCCCGUUGUCAAGAAAUUGGCUCAAUAUUUGAUCAAUUUGGAAAAGGAAUGCGGAUUCAUCUCGAAUAAUGAAACUAAAAGCACUUUACCCAAAAUCAUGGCUCAAAUACGAGAUAAACUUACGGCCAAUAGAUCUUGUGAACUUCCAAUCACUGCAUCAACCACAAUCUAUUUAAAAGUUGCUCGAGUCCGUCCAAAGCCCGAUCCCGUUGAAGACCACGAUGUACCCAUUUUUCUGACCAGUGAAGGAUCAAUUGUUCCAAGUGAAUGGGACUUGACCACUCAACAAGUGAUAUCGUUUAUUGAUGGGAAUCGACAUGUUGCCAAAAUCGCAAGUGAAGCUGAUGUUGAAGUCUCUUUGGUGAAAGCUUGUAUACAGAAUAUGAUUUAUUAUGAAAUAAUUACGCUAAUCCCGAUCUUCCAGUAUUCAAAUGUGUUCGUGACAACACCUAAAAUAUCAAAUCUCGUGGAAAGUACUGAAUUGCAGGAGGAGUGCUUACGAUUUGUUGCUAAAAGUCCAAGUUCUAAGCCCAAUUUCCGAUCAGUUUUCCAAUUCUAUUGUAACAUGACUCCUGGUGUUACAUUGAAAGAUCUUUGUAUCCGAUUAAAUCCAAGUCACAAUGGAAUCGAUGAGAAAAAAUUGGUCCAUUUUGGUUCAUUGAAAUCAUUAAUUCGCCGAUUGAAUAAAUAUCCAAUUCUGGUUGAUUCACCUGAUUCUACAUCGAUUGCUCAUCAACGAGGAAUAUACAGAUUCUUUGAUGGUAAUCACAGUUACGAUAAAAUUUGUACAGAAAUGAGUAAAAGCCACGCUGAGCUGGAGGAGAAAGUUGAAAGACACCCAUCGGCAGUAGUUUGUUGGAAAUAACAAUUAACAACAAUUAAAAUGUCACCAAUACUUAACCUAUUCACCAAUAAUCACCACUUAUAACAAACUUAUUUUUUACGGAAGAUAAAAUUGUCUCAUCAAGAUAAUAAUCACCACUGAACAAUUACUCAAUUUCAUUUAGAUUUUUGUUUCUCAUAUUCAAUUGUUCAAAUUAAUCAAGAUGAUUGGAAAAAUUUAAUCGCUCAAUUAUAAAACAAAUGUUAUCUAAGUCACUUAAUAAACGAUAUAAUUAAGAUUAUUAUUGCUAUAA